AUGAAAGCCACGGGAGCCGACAACAGCGAAGAGAUUGUCUCUUACAAGUCCGUUGCCUACGAGAGCCCCGGCUCGAAGUAUGUCGUCCCAGUUGGUUCUUUCCACGUUAAGGCCAUCUUCCUACUCUUUUUCACCGUUCUCCCUGUAGCAGUGUCCAUGUUCGGCAGCGGCUACCUCGAGAAUUGUCAAAUUCACCUCCCCAAGCAAGUACAAACGGUCUACGCGGCGCAAACUUCAGCCCCGACAACAACAACUAAAAAGCCUUCUUCUGGGAAUUUUUUCGGAAGAAGACGUCGCUCCGCAGAUGAUGAUGGAGAAGAAGUUCUUUCCUCUAUCAACCUCUGCGAAAGUGUUUGGUUGCCUGUUUUCGGAUUUUAUCUGUUGGCGCUGCUGAUCAGGGUGGGUCCUCGGAUGUUUAUAGAUUUCGAACAAGCUUGA